GGAUACAGACGCAGACACCGGACGUGGCCCACUCACACACUCACACACACACACAGCAGGGAUGGACCACAUACCGAUUAUAUUUUUUGUAGCUGUUUUUCUACCUGAAACUUUACCUGCGCUUGUUACAACAUCAAUCCAAGAACAUUAUCUUACAAACUCUGGUGGAACCCUAUCCGAGUCUAUAAGAAAACUCUACAAAAGACAAGCGGAAGAUUUUGGACCUACAAAUGACGUCGGAAAUGGUACCCAGACCGACGUCGAGGGCAGCAGUACAAUCAGACCGGACAGACCUGGGCGUAGGAGGGGUGGUGGUCCUCGUAGACAUCGCGGACACCACGGGUGUGGCCCGGGUAGAGGUAAAGGCCCUAUGAGACCUCCAGGAAACACGGACGUCAACCGGGGCAGGGACAUAGAGGAUCUAGCGGUAAAGGGACUAGUGACUGACCAAGAGUUAGGGGUGUCAUCACACAGAGGCUACAGCAGGAGAUCCAGGGAAAGAGGAGAGUGUAGGCCAGAUAGAUGGGAAGGAACUGGCAACGAGACAUCUACAUCUACACCUUCAGAAACCUCACCCUCAGUAAAAAUGUGAACCAGUCAAGUAAAUUAACAAUUAGUGUAUAUAAUGCUUACAUAUAUUGGCAUAAGUAAAAAAAUCUCUCUGCAAAAUA